UUGGGUUGGGUUGGGUUGGGUUGGGUUGGGGGACACAACAGCGCAGCUGCCGGGAGAAUGUCAUUUUUCUUGACCGGCCCGCUCAUCCCAUCACAGCUCCUUCAUUCCCCUCUCUUUCAUUCACACACUCUCAUUGCUGUAAACACCUCUCUCCCUCUCUCUCUUUCACUUUCCCUCCUCCUCUACCGGAAACCUCCCCCUUCCCUGCCACAACCACCCAACCAUGUCCUCCACCGAAGGCGCCUUAGCCGCAACCCCCGUCGACAACAAAGCCAUCAACAACACCCCCACGAUCUGGUACCUGGCCUACGGCAGCAACAUGGACCCCAAGGUCCUCACGGGCCGACGCAAGAUCCAGCCCAUCGAGUCCAGGCCCGUGAUCGUCCCCAAUUACUGGCUCAGCUUCGAUAUCGGUGGGAUACCCUUUAUCGAACCCUGCUUCGCCUCCAUCCUCAAGAUGGAUUCCUCUCGUUUGCAUGAAAAGGCAUAUGCGCUCCAUGUCCAUUCAAGGACCCAGCAUGGACGGGAAUUCCUCUGGGACGAGUCACACCCAGACCACCCCCAGCGCUCGUACCCGCCUGUGCUCCAGGGCGUAGUCCAUCGCAUCACCCUGCGCGAUUGGCAGCUUGUCAUUCAAUCUGAGGGAGGAUGGGGCUACGACGUCCCCACGGGCUACAACCAGAUCGAGGUCGACUGUGUGGUCGUCGGCUCUAAAGAACACCUCUCGGCCCAUGUCCUCGAGGCCCGUCCGCUCUCCGUCAAGACCCACUGUCAACCCACGGCCCGGUACAAGAGCCUCCUCACCGCCGGCGCAGCCCAUCACAGUCUCGACCCCGCCUAUCAACGCUACCUCGCCGGCAUCGUCCCCUACGAAUGCACAGGACUCCGCUCCCGCAUCGCCCGGUCGAUCUUCACGGUCGUGAGCUCCCCGUUGAUGAUCAUGUUCGCCAUCAUGUUCUGGAGGAACAAGGGCAAAUCUGCGGACCAGCUCAAGCGACCACCUUACUGGGCCGCAUGGUGCUUUGAUAGGGCGGCGAGGUUCUCGGGAGGGAUGCAUGAUUAUCUCAUUGCCCCGAUCUUCGGAUCCGGACGCCGCUCGAGCCCAGCACACCAGGCCAUCGUCAGGAGGAGGAUCCAGGACACGAUGGAGGAGGCCAAGUCUCUGGGACAGCUUCAGCAGCAGCGUGAGGUUGAGGUCGAGAAGGAGAGCAAGGCUUUGAAGAUGGCUGAGAAGGCCGUGGAGAGCGUGGCGGAGUAAAAAAAAAAGAAAAGAAAAGAAAAAGGUAGAGGUUGGGACAACUUGCCAGCUGUUUUCAAAAAAUAAAAACCCGUAAUAUUC